AUGGCCCCCAAAAAGGCCACAGCCAAGUCGCCAAAACCCAAAGCCACACCAAAACGCCUGGCCAAACCAGAGCUCGUGGUCUCAUCAGGCGCAAGCUCAAAUUACGACGAUGUGCCGGAUCCGGAUGCGGAGGCAGCACAGGACGAAGUAGGGUCGGGCGAAGACUCCGGGCCAGAGCCAGAAGCGGUGACACCAGCAAGGAAGGGCGGGAAGCGGAAGGCAGCCGACGAGGGCGGAGACGAGAGCCCCGGCGCCAAGAAGCCCAAGGUGUCGUCCUCCGUCAAGAUCUCCGAGUCCGUGACGGAGUCGGGCGGGAAGAAGAAGCACGCGCAUAGGAGCGUCAAGGUCGAGAUCCCUGUUUCGACGACGCCGGCGACGAAACCUGCCGGGAAGCACAUCGUCUUCAACGACGACGACGGGCCCGCCGAGUUCUUCACGCCGCAGGAAGCCCCGGCCCAGGAGCUGUUGGACGCGCAACUCUCCGAGGCCGACCGGGGAGGCGGAGCGGAUGGCGGUGAGGAGGACGAGGGGAGCGACAGUGACGAUGAUGCACCGGAGGCCGUCUCAACGCACGCGGCGGCAGCACAGGCUGCGAAGUCCGCCCAGGCGGCCACAAAAGCCGCAGAGAAACAAUUAGAGCUCCAGAAGCGCAAGCGACAGGAGCGCGACGCCCGCCUCAAGCAGCAGGCCGAGACGCGCAAGAAGAACCAGGCCGUGUCUGACAAGGAGGCCGCAGCAGCAGCAGAGGCAGAGGCCUCCCCGGAGCCAGCACAGCCUGCCCCAGGCCGGCGCGACCACCUGCCCAGCGUGUCAGCGGCGCCGACGCGCAAGCGGCUGGACAAGCGGUCGCUGCCCGACGUGCUACCGGACGACUUCCUCGAGGCGGCCUCGGACGACGACAAAAAUGACGACGGCUCCGACCAGGACGACGAGGCCGCCGCGCGGAGGCCGAAGAAGCCCAAGUUCAACACCGUCAUGAGGCAGGUGGCCAAGGCCGAGUCGCGGCGGCCGCAGGACCAGCGCGUCGGGUCGACCGUGUACCGCGUCGCGGGUCCCCGUGACGACAACCCGAGCCUCGCGCCCAAGCUGGGCAAGUCCUCGCGGAACGCCAAGGAGCUGCUGCUGCGGAGGCAGCGGCCGGCGGCGCGGAGGGGCGGGUUUCUGGUGAAGAAGCGGAGGUAG